AUGCGCCUCUUCACCUCCACCUUCGCUCCGGCCGAGCCUGUUUCGGUAUUGGCCCUCCUCGUGGUCGUCUGUCUCGGUACAGUUGACCUGGCAACCGUCAAAGCUUCACAGAACUCGGCCAACUCGGUCGAGGCGAAAAACUUGCUCUUUUCGUCCUGGCCGACAGGCGUCGCGCUGCUUCCGGUGCCCGGAGUUCUGCCCGUCGCCAGCCCAACAGCGACGUUGACAACGUCGACGGCGACGACCACGGCGAGCGCCAAAGGGGCGCCCGGCUACCUGACGACCAGUUACGCCACCUCGUUGGGUCUGCCGGUGCUGUCGCCUCGGCCGGGCCCC